AUGGCAUUUCGCGGAACUCCUCGUGGCGGUCGCGGCGGCGGCUUUGGUGGACGUGGUGGAUUUACUCCCCGUGGUGGACGUGGUGGAAUGGGAGCUUCAUUUGGACCCCCAGACACUGUCAUCGAAAUGGGCAAGUUCGUGCACGACUGUGAAAACGAAAUGUUCUGCGAAUCGAUAAACACAAAGAUUCCCUACUUCAACGCGCCAAUCUACCUAGAGAACAAGACGCCCAUUGGCAAAGUCGACGAAAUCCUAGGCCCUUUGAACCAGGUCUACUUCACCAUCAAGCCCCAAGAAGGCAUACAAGCAAAGUCAUUCAAGGCUGGCGACAAAUUCUACAUUGGAGGCGACAAGCUGCUGCCCCUCGACAGGUUCCUGCCUAAGCCCAAGCCCGUUGGAGGCGUUACGAAGGUUAAGAAGCCCGCUGGCGCAGGCCGUGGAGCACCAAGAGGAGGAUCCCGUGGCUUUGGAGGUCGCGGCCGUGGAGCUCCCCGAGGCCGUGGCGGACCCCCUGGACGUGGAGGCGGUUUCGGCGGUCGUGGCGGAAGCGGUGGCUUCUCAAGAGGUGGACGCGGUGGCGGCGGCUUCGGCGGACGCGGUGGUGGAGGUGGUGGAUUUGGCGGUGGACGUGGACGAGGAGGAUACUAA